AUGGUUUUAGACAAAAGGAGGUUUGUCCGAUUCGUAUGGUUAGCACAAUGGAACAAUCGAUAUCACAGAUUAAGCAGUAUCCCGAGGGCUCGCCCUGAUAGUAUAUUAGGUCUUCUAGAAGAAUUUAAUCAGGAUCAACACCCAAUGAAGAUUGACCUGACAGCGGGCGUUUAUAUGGACAAUUCUGGUAAAAAUAGUCCACUUACGGCAGUAAAUCAAGCUCAACUUCUCUUGGAGCAAUCGGGGGCCAAUAAAAGCCUGUCAUACUUGCCAAUUACUGGGUGUCCCAGUUUCACAAAUAAUGUGCUUAAGUUUCUCUACACCGAGUCAGCUCCUAACGGGAAAAAGUUUUUAGAUUCUGAUAGCAUUAGCUGUAUUCAAACAUUAGGCGGUACCGGAGCACUAACAUUGGCUUCGGUGUUUUUAAGCUCUUUUGUUUCUGAUACACUAUGGCUCCCACAACUAACCUGGGCCAAUCAUUGUAAUGUCUUUAGUCAUAAUGGUUUUAGCGACAUUCGCUAUUACACGUAUUACGAGGAUGGAGAAGUGAAUGUGGAUGGGUGGUGCGACCAACUUCGCGCGGUUUUAACCUCAAAGUCUGCCCGUAGUGAUUCACCUCAUUCUAUUGUCUUGCAUGCCUGUUGUCACAAUCCAACAGGUAUGGAUCCCACCAUUGAACAAUGGUCGAUGAUCAUACCGCUGAUAAAUGAAUUGGGAAUGGUCCCUAUAAUUGACAUGGCAUACCAAGGACUUGAUUCUGGCAACCCGGAUAAAGAUGCUUAUCUCUUGCGUUUAUGUCUGGAAUACGAGUGGCCGAAUGGUCUUUACCUAUGUCAAUCCUUUGCAAAGAAUAUGGGUUUAUACAGCGCCCGAGUAGGCUCCCUAAGUAUUGUACAUCCUAUAAGGUUCCCAGAAAGCAAAACUCAGGUAGAUUCACAACUGAAAAGGAUUGUAAGAAGUCUUUACUCUUCGCCACCGAGAUAUGGUUCCAUGAUUGCUACCACUAUCUUAACUAAUAAAAAUCUGAAGCAGCAAUGGUAUAUGGAUGUUAAGGCAAUACGUGAUAGACUAUGGUUGGUGAGAAAUACGUUACAUGAGAGACUGAAUUGGCCAAGAUUGAUAGACAAGAAUACGCAGCAUGGGAUGUUUUAUUACUCAGGGCUAUCUCCAAAGCAGGUAAAUACCUUAAGAAAGGAAUGUUCAGUUUAUGUGACAGAGGAUGGAAGAAUAUCUCUGUCUGGAAUUAAUAGUAGGAACGUCGAUUACGUUUGCGAAGCUUUAUUAGCCGUAACAGCAUACAAUGGAAACUGA